AUGGGUUUUCUCGCGAUCUGCGAGGGAGCUGUGCCCAGGCCGUCGGGCGUGUGGCGGCGCCGCCGGGGAGACACCGCCGUGUGCUGCGUGUCGACGCACGUCAGCGCCGAGACCAUGCGAUGGGUGUCCGUUGGGGCCGCCGCUAUAUUGAUGCUUGCUAAAGGCACAACCAUACACAAAUCGUUCCUUGUCCCUCUCAUUGCUCUACAAGCACCUCAAGACGUCAUCUCAUGGAUAAAAGGUGAUUAUGGUCAGUGGACCGCUUUCCUCGGUCUUCUUCUGUGCCUGCUAUCCUUCCUUCCAGGUGAACUGGAGCUUCCCUUGUCAACGAUGUUGUUUGUUAGCAUUGCUCCUUACCAAUUUAUGAACUUGAGGGGCACUCAAGAGUCUGUAAUAAUGUCCUUGGCAAUAGCAGCUUAUCUCGCGUUUCAGCAUUUCACCGGGGCCGGAGACUUGAGGAAGGCCUUGGACCGUGGAGCGAUAGUUGCAACCUUGUCCAUCAUCUGCAUCACGCUUAUCCCCCUCUUGUUCUUGCUCUGA